AUGAAAUGUGAGCUGGCAUCCCUAAUAAAGGAGAAUGCGCAGCUUGGACGCGAGAUGCGUGGUACUCCCCAGCUCCGUGUUCCACAGGAAACGGAUGUUGCGUGGCGGUUGCGCCGUGACGUGCUGCUCCAUUCCGAGUAUCCGCACGUCGCGGCGUGUCCAGAAAAGGAUGUGGAGCGAAAAGAUGGUCGUGCCGUUGUCGUAUUUCAGGAGUCCAAGCUGCAAGGGGAGCCUCCGGAACGAACUGCAGCACAAAAGCGGUCAAGGUCUGACCACACUGCUGUUGUCUCGGUUGACCCAAGCGUUCUGAAGGCUCGUGCUUCAUCUCUAGGUGAGCGCAUCGUUGGUGCCGCUGGCCCUUCCUUCGAGCCGUAUACGGCUCCACCCUCGUGGAAGAUGGCCAAAGUGUUGGUAGGCCACCGAGGCUGGGUGUGGGGUGCUGCAGUAGAUCCUAGCAAUUCGUGGUUCGCUACAGGAGGCGGGGAUGGCGUAGUUAAAGUCUGGGAUCUGACCACCGGUGCGCUUAAGCUCAACCUUACUGGGCAUAAGGAAGGUGUCAGAGCCCUCUCGCUCAGCACAUUGUCACCGUACAUGUUUACUGGUAGUGAUGAUCACUCGGUGAAGUGUUGGGACCUUGAACGCAACGAAAUCAUACGCGAUUUCCACGGCCACAAAGGCUCCGUUCACUGUGUAAGCACACACCCAUCGCUUGAUAUUGUGCUUAGCGGUGGCCGGGAUAAGACCGUGCGGGUGUGGGAUGUCCGUACACGCUCCUGCGUCCACCUACUGUUAGGCCACAGCGACAGUGUAAUGUCCCUUGCUGUUCAGCAGGAGGAUCCGCAAGCGAUAUCUGGAGGUAGUGACGGAAUGGUUUAUCUGUGGGACAUAGCUUCAGGUCGCGCCUUCACCCGACUCACAAGGCACAAGAAACCUGUACGUGGGCUGGCACUGAGUCGGCAGAGAGUAUUAGUUUCGUGUGGAGCUGACAACAUUCGCGUAUGGUCACUACCAACGGGGGAGUUUCUUUUCAACGCCUCCACACUGGAUAACGGCAAGGAAACGAAGAAGGAGAAGGAGCAGGAACCGCAGCGUUGGAGUUGUUGUAGCGUCAGCCCGCGGAAUGUGCUGGCGGUGGGAAGCCAAGAAGGAAGGCUUUUGUUCUUUGACUGGUCACAUCCACAGCAGGGGCCGUACCAGGCGACAAAAACGCGGUCCGUACCUGGUACUCUACCAGGGGAGGGCGGAAUUAACGGCCUUGCAUUCGACGCCUCCGGAUCGCGAUUGAUUACGGCGGAAAGCGACAAGAGUGCUAAGGUGUGGCGCACGAAGGAGUAA